AUGAAAUUCAACCCAAACGUGUCCUCCUCUCGCCGCAAAUCGCGCAAAGCGCACUUCACCGCGCCGUCCAGCGAGAGGCGUAAAAUCAUGUCCGCAUCCUUGAGCCAAGAGUUGAAGAAGCAACACAACUGCCGAUCGAUUCCGGUGAGGAAAGAAGACGAAGUGAGAAUCGUUCGAGGGUCGUUCAAAGGGAAAGAAGGGAAGGUUGUGCAAGUGUACAGGAAGAAGUGGGUGAUUCACGUGGAUAAGGUGACGAGGGAUAAAGUUAAUGGCGCUUCCGUGCAAGUCGGCAUCGACCCGUCCAAGUGUGUCAUCACCAAGUUGAAGAUGGACAAAUCGAGAAAGGCGAUUUUGGCGAGAAAAGGGUCGGCGGCGACCGAGGACGCCGAAAUGGCUGAUUAA